AUGGAUGCUCAACACUCGCCCAGGUCGGCGAUUCCCCGUCGAGGGCCACCACUUGCCCCCAUACGAACAGACCUUCCUCGACCAGUUCACGAUUCCCCUGUUCUCCAGAAACCUCGCCCUCAGCGCCCGCGACCGAACGAUGCUGGCCAUGGUUCGGCUGAACGAGUCCCGCUUCAAUCACCGCAUCCCAAGCGUCAAUCCUCCAAGACCAACUUGAGGAGCCUUUUUACCCGCAAAAAAUCAGUUCGCGACUCCAAGCGACAAAACAACAACCUUGCUGGGGUGGGCGAGCGGCGGGGAUCGGCAACAGAGAGUGCAUCCGCAGCGGAGACUCCCCUCUCCCCUACCAGCACUGGGGUCACCACGCCUACGGUAGUCGCGUCGCCCACGAUACAAACCAGAAGCACCGGGGAUCAGUCCAAGACACCAGCGAAGAAGGACAAGCAGAAGCCGCUCCAUCCGGUCACUUCCACGUGGACUCCACCGCCCCUUUUUCAGGCGUAUCCGCAGUCAAUCAAACAUGCUUGUCUUUUGACUCCGGCCCUUUCGGCAGAUUCCAUUCUGCGCAUCCAGGCUGCGAGAAGAAACAGCGAUGCCGUAGAAGAGACGCAAGAUGGCAGCUCGCAAAACCACGCUUCGGCAGCUACGAGCGCUGCGAAGAAGAAAAAAGAGGAGAAAGAGAAGAGGAAGCAUGAGAGGAAGAUAUCCGGUUCCAUCAGCAAGACCCUGUGGACGAAGAAGAUAUUCAUCCUUGUGACCUCGGGAUUUCUCUUGCAAUACGCCGGCGAAGGGAGUUUUGAUCGACUGCCUGAGAAGAUGUUGCGGCUGGGGCCGGCAUCGGCAGCAUUUGCCAGCGAUGCAAUUCCCGGGAAGCCCUGGGUUUUGCAGAUAUCGCAAACAUCAUAUGAAGAUGGCAGUGUCGCCAUGGACAGCCCACGAGGCUUGCUGUCCCGAUUCGGAUUUCACAGUGCUGAUUCGCGAAGGUCGACGAGAAGCUUUUUCAUGGUCUUCACGAACCCCGAGGAGAUGAAUUCGUGGCUGGUUACCUUGAGGAAAGAGAUCGAGUCGCUUGGAGGAAAGAAAUACGUCCCAGAGAGUGCAUCCGACGAUGAUGACAAAGCUCCCCAAGUAUAUAACAGACCUCUGAUGGUUGCGAACGAUCUGCGCUCACGAAAAUCGAGCCUCAACGAUUCGAGCCACAUUCCCGGGCCAGUACAGACACCCACCAGACGUUCGCCUGCUUCAUCGAUUCAGAGAAAAUAUUCGCACCAAGAGAUGACCAAUUCGAUGAAUAGCCAGAUGACGAAGGCGAUGAACCGCCGGUCGAUGCCUUCCUCAGACUCGCUGUCUAUAUCGACUUCUACUACUCAGAGGGAUGCCGAUACGAUUCACGAAUAUACAACCCACCUUUCUGGGAGCACUCCUACCGUUUCCAGUUCCCAGGGGCCUUCGCCUGCUCUUUCUCCUGUCCAAUCUCAGUCUGCUGGCCCACGACCACGCCGCAAGACUCCUGCCGCAUCUAGCCGGAAUCGACGAUCUAUGUACUCAUACUCAGAGACGCAGUCGGACCGUCAAGUCAAGGAUGUCGAGGUCCCGACGCGGCCGCGGUCCCUGAUAGGAGAUGCAUCAUAUCUGAAGAGCCCUUCUCCGCUUCCAAAUUUCAGUGUUCCGUCAUUUAGCAAGAAAUUUGGGCUGUCCCGCGGUUCUACGCGAUCGCAAGACCAACUGUCAGAUGAGCCUGUAUCUCCCACUUCGUUGCCAAAGGAGUCGCAAUCUGUCGCAAGGUCUGGGGUUCAGCAAGAGCCCGCUGGGGAUGCUAACGCGAGCAAGCGACGGUCUCUUGUAUACGAUUCGUCUUUUAUUCGUGACCCUACCCCUAGUCCCU